GAAAACUGCCCUGCAAGAGGACUCAUAGAGGCUGACAGCAAUCCACGGCUCCGAGAUAUUCCAUGGGGACUGUACCAGAUCCUCUGAGGUCUGCCAAGCUUUCCCUGGUCACAGCUUUUGAGGAGAACGAUCAGGUGGGAGACCUGCAGUCUGCUAAGCACCAGCCCAAACAGCCAAGUCAAGCGACAGCCAGCAAUGGUCUUCCACACACGGUGUCUGAUUCUGCUGGAGUUUGCUCUUUUGACCUAAAAUACACCACAGCUGCCGACGGUCAGACAUGUGAGAAACGCCCUGGGGAUGAUGCUCGCCGGCAGGGGACACUUUCUCCAGGGCUCUUGGACAAGGCUUCCGAGGGGCAUCCUGCAGGCGUAGAGUCUGCUGGUAACUUGCACACAAAAGGCAGCGAGGAGCCGGCAGCGCAAGGCCGGCCAGCACAAGGAGCCUGCGGAGCAGGGCCCAGGCCAGCUGUGAUGCCAGCCCCACAGAACUCGCGACAGUUUGUGCAAAGCAGCCCAGCCAGCUCAAGCUCCCUGGCGCAAAUGGAUGACUCUGCACUGAAACCUCAGGGGACUGAUGAUCAGCCAGCACUGGAGGUGUUAAGCUGUUCUUCCCCAAGCACCCCUGUUAGGGGUAAUGAGUCCUUUCAUGCUCCUCAGGAAAACGUCCUGCAAAGAGAAGAAAAAGAAAAGGCAGCAGAAAAAAAUGCUCCUGCUGUGUGUUGGUCGGCCUCUUUGGCGAGGGACACUGAGGGUGAUGUGAGGAGAGGCCCUCAGGUUGCUUUGGAGGCAGAACACAGGGCUGCAGACGCUGUGCAAUCAGGUCCCGCUGAUGCAAGUGCCGUAGCUCAGGGCAGCACAUCCCCAGCCCAGCUGAGGCUCGAGAGCGCGCAGCCAGUGUGCAGUGCAGGCCUGAGCCAGCUCUCCAGGUUCAGAGAAACGGGUACAAUGACAGUGCAGACUGAGAACAGUUCUUUAACUCAGGAGGCAGCAAACAGGACAUGGAGAGAUGCUGAGGUUCAGGCCGUGGCCUGUGUGGAGAGCAAAUCAGCCUGUACCAGCCCCAGUAUCCUUUCUGCCUUCUUAAAAGGGAACCCUCGGUUGGAGGAAAAGGAGGAACUGCACAUCAUCUAUCAAGGCACUGGGGGACUGAGCCAAACUGAACUUAUUGACAGCUUGUCCUCGCAUCCAAAGUCCCCAUGUUCUUCUGGUAUCAUGUCAGAACCGACUGUUGUUACAGCUGUGACCAAUACAGCCCAAACUCCAGCUGUCAAAUUGCAAGAACAUCCUGGAGACCCAUCUGCCACGAUGCAUCCAGCCUCAGCAGAUAACGCAGCGCCCGGCCUGCCCUGCCCUCCCACAGCCAUCACCUCCCCAGGACCGUCUAUGGCCAGUGCCCAGACAGUCCGUGCAGCCAGAGACGGCCGGGAUGCUGCUCCAGUGCCCUUGGAUGCUCCAGCCCUGCCAAAGGCAAUGCCUGCCGACCAGCCUGCAGUCCAUACCAGCUAUCAAAUGCCCUCACAGCCUGGUUGUGGUGAACCAAACACUGUCUCAGCUGCAGCUGGCCCAGAAACCAAGAGCAACGUGCAUCUUGUGCCGGAUGCAGGAAACAGCCAGUUACCUUUACCCGGUAGUACCCACGGUGAAAUCAAGCAGAAAGACGUCCUGGGCAGCUCCGAGCAAAAACCCAGGCAGUGUAAGGGUGGGAAUGAAGUGGAGACACUUCCCGUUCCAUCCAUGGUCAAACCGAAGGAAGAAAACUUGGCGGUGCUUGGUCCUAAAGGGGUGACGAAUGUUAGCGGUGAACCUGCUGCCAACAGCAUAAAGGCCAGCUCAGAGGAUACCGGGGAAAAGGGCCAUGGCGCAGAGCAAGGAGAGAUCAGCCAGGCUCUCGAGAGCAGUGGUCGCAGUUCCACUCACGUCCCGCCUCUUGCGGAGGCCUCAGCAGCUCCUCAACAGCAGCGCCUGCGGGCCAAGGAGUCCAGACGUGAGCUUGAUGCAGCGGCUCUUCCUGCUUCAGCUCAGGCUUUGCCAAAUCUUGGGGAGAGCAAAAAGCAGCCCACCCCAGCCACGGAGGCCAAAGUGCAGGUGAAGCAGUCCAAGCACGUCAGGGACGUUGUGUGGGAUGAGCAAGGCAUGACGUGGGAAGUUUACGGUGCUUCCCUCGAUCCAGAAUCCUUGGGAAUUGCUAUCCAAAACCACUUGCAGAGACAAAUACGUGAACAUGAGAAACUGAUCCGAGCUCAAAACACUCAGAACCGGAAAUCCAUUUCCUCGGAUACAUCCUCAAAUAAAAAACUGAAAGGGAGGCAGCAUAACGUAUUCCAGUCCAUGCUGCAGAAUUUUAGGCGUCCUAACUGCUGUGUCCGGCCUGCUCCUUCCUCUGUGUUAGACUGAAACGGUUUGCAGGGGUGAACAGAUGCCCGCCAUG